AUGGUGAAUGCAAUAAAGGUAGCGAUUGCAGAUGCAACGGUGACAUGUAUGUGGGUAUUCAUAUCAGCGACGUUUGGGAUGAUGACAAGUUAUAUAACAAAAAUGGUUGAUCUUCAUCACCUAUCACAUGGUGGUGUUGAUUACCCUGCUAUGAUGGUAACAACUUUAGUCUUCUUCACAUUUUUCUCUAUAUUCAAUACUAUUUGCAAUGCCUUUGGAGGUGCCAGUUUCAACCCCACUGGUAAUGCUUCUUUCUAUGCUGCUGGUUCUGGCUCUGAUUCCCUCUUCUCCAUGGCUCUUCGUUUUCCAGCUCAGGCACUGGGUGCAGUUGGUGGUGCAGUGGCAAUCAUGGAAGUAAUGCCAUUAAAAUACAGGCACAUGAUUGGUGGGCCUACUUUGAAAGUUGACUCACAAACUGGAGCAAUUGUUGAAGGGGUUUUGACAUUUCUGAUUAGCUUUGUGGUACUCCUAAUCUCACUGAAAGGCCCUCGUAGUUCAAUUAUGAAGACUUGGUUAAUCGCCAUGGCAGUUGUCAUUGUUGUCCAUCUCGGUUCUGUUUACACCGGCCCAGCCUUGAAUCCUGCCAUUGCCUUUGGUUGGGCAUACUUAGAGAAUUCACACAAUACAUGGGAGCAAUUUUAUGUUUAUUGGAUUGCCCCUUUCAUUGGUGCAAUAUUGGCUUCUUGGUUAUUUCGUAUUGUCUUUCCACCAAGAGUAGUAAAACACAAGAAAGCUUGA